AACAAUGAGUUCAACACAACAGUACCAACAUGGAGCGAGAAGUCAACGCUCUCAGGAGGCUGACAAACGUCACAGAAAGAGGAGAGAAGAAAAAUACACCUGUGAUCAGUGUGGGAAGGAUUUUACUAGGAAAAGUUCAUUAAAAAGUCAUCAAAUCGUCCACACUGGAGAGAAACCAUUCAGCUGUGAUCAGUGUGAGAUGAAUUUUACUUGUAAUCGUUCAUUAAAAAGGCAUCAAGUCGUUCACAGUGGAGAAAGACCAUUCAGUUGUAACUUGUGUGGAAAGUCUUUUACUCAGGCUGGAAAUUUAAAAACCCACCAACUCAUUCACAGUGGAAAGAAACCCUACAGCUGUGAUCAGUGUGGUAAAGCUUUUACUCAAAAAAACAGCUUACAAAAGCAUCAAGUUACCCACUCUGGAAUUAAGGCAUACAGUUGUGAUUAUUGUAAAAAGACUUUUAGCCAACUAGGGCACCGAAAUGCACAUCUGCGCAUUCAUACUGGACAUAAUGCGUAUUGCUGUGAUCAGUGUGGUAAAAAGUUUGGAACACAAUCACAGUUACAGUCCCACAGAUUUGCCCACACUGUGGACACACCUCAUAAAUGUGACAUGUGUGAUAAGACUUUUAAAGCUCCAGAUUAUCUGAGAAGACACCAACAGAUCCACAGCAGAAAGAGACUCUACAAGUGCAGUUACUGUGAGAAGCAGAGCCACACAGAUGGAUCCAGUUCUCAGCCCUGUCAUCGCUGUGGUGGUGGGAAAGCAUUUCGCUGUGACCUUUGUGGGAAAACUUUCAAUCAUCAGCAGAACCUACAAAGACAUCAGCGUAGACACACUGGACACAAACUGAACUACUGCAAAGAAUGUGGGAGAAGCUUCCCCACAGCAAGUGAAUUAAAAAAACAUGAACUCAUCCACAGCGGGGUUAAAAAGCACCUCUGUGACCAGUGUGGGUCAUCCUUCAUCACUUCAACUCAUCUUAAAGUACAUAAACGAGUCCACACAGGAGAGAAACCAUACAAGUGCAGACACUGUGACAAAAGCUUCUCGUGUUCAAGUAGUCGUAACGAUCAUGAAAGUUCACACAUUGAAGGGAACUACAGCUGUGACCAGUGUGACAAGAGCUUCAAGAAUCUCAGUUCAUACACCUACCACAAACGAUCCCACGCUACAAAGAAACUGUUUCACUGUUACCAAUGUGCAAAAACAUUCACUUCAUUAUCUGCUCUGUCCAAACAUCAGCGAGAUCAUGCAGGGCUGAAAUCAUUCCCAUCAUUGGAUCACAAUGAAUCUGCAGACACACAAAGAUCCUCUUCUGGUUGCAGGGUCAAACUUAAAAACCUUGAGAUCCGGCUCCACAGAAUUCCGAUGGAAUCUCCUGUAAACAGUGUCAGCUAAUGUUACACUUGGAUCUGAUGAGGUAGCUCUGAUUUCUGGACUUGCAGUGAAUAAUCCUGAAUCUGACAUUUAGGAAGCUGCAAGUACAGAUAUAUACAUCAAGGUUUUUAUUUGUGUUUGAGGAAUUUUAUUUAUCCUUUAAAAUGUUAUCCCAGGUUUCCCAGUUAAAUUUGAAUCCUUUUAGAAACUGCAGUAUUUAGUAGUAGUGUAUGUAUUAUAGAAAUGUCUGUUAUAUCCAACUGAUACUGCAGCCAAACUUUAUCUUUAAUAAGUACUUAAAGGUUGGUUGAGUCAGUGCAGUACUCUGUUUAAUAAGCAGCAGCCAUCGAUAACUGCAGACAUCAUGUCUCAUUAGAAUUUAAUUAUUCAACUAAAUAAUUUCUCACAGGUGACCCUGUCUGUGGUUAUGAAUAUUAGCAGGUCAUUAAUAUCCAUUUAUACCACUGCAAUAACCAAGUCAGGGUUACUAUAGUGUUUGUUUAAUUACUUUCAAUUUUCUUUUUUGUACUUUUAGUUUUAGUUUAGUUUGUUCCAAGUGUGGAUUUGUAGUAGCAUAGAUGUUGUUGUUUGUUUCCUUUUUAUUAGUUUAUCUUGGUUUUCUUUGUAUUGCAGUAAUAUGUGGAAGUGUUGUCAGGAAGAGGACAGAUUUAGGAAGUACAGAGCAGGUAUUACAAUUCAAACACAGCAUCUUUGUGAAUGACUCAGUGAUGUAGAAAUCCAAGUCUCAGUUGUCUGCCCACUGAGUUAGCUUUGAAUCUUUUUAAUGCUUUUGAUGUUAGUCAUGGGUGUAAACUUAAUAAUAAUGCCUUAGACUUAUAUAGCGCUUUUCGAGGUACUCAAAGACACUUUACAAUUUCAUGCACUAUUCAUUCACACCUCAAUCAUACUGGUGGUAAGCUGGCGUGGCGCAGUCUGACAGAAGCGUAGCUGCCAAUUUGCGCCUAUGGCCCCUCCAACCACCACCAAACAGUAACCACAUUCACACUCAGGCAAUGUGGAUUAAGUGUCUUGCACAGGGACAGAACAAUAGCAUUCGCUCAGAUGGGGAUUAAAACCAGUGACCCCCCCGGUUGUGAGAUGAGCACCUACCCAAUGCGCCACUGCCACCCACAAAAUACAGUUUUUGGUCAGCACAAUUAUUUUUGAAGAAACCACCAUAUCAGUGGUAAUUAUAGAAAUAUUUUCUCUUCAUGAUCAUGGAAUAUUUUGUAGUUUCAAUAACUGCACCAAUUUAAGAAGAACAGAAACAAUCAUUGGUACCCAGGACAUUUGAUCUGUUUGAGAUAAACUUAUAAGGACCUCUAUGUACUUGGAGGGUCUGUAGCCCUGAAAAAUUACAUACUGUGAAGGGAUGAUUCUGCAAUAUCUCCAUUAAAUAAACUACAAUAAUCUUUUGUUUUUGUUUUUUUUCCUUUGGUAAGGGUUCAUUCACAAUUAUAAACAAUUUCGGAAGUCCAAAAAGAGUACUUUUUUCAGACCCCAUUGCCCAAAAAUGUACAAAUAAAAUGUUGAUCUUUUUUUCAAGUCUGAAAUUUAAUUUCACGGGAGUUUGCAUGUUCUCCCUGUGUCUAUGUGGAUUUUCUCCAGGUGCUCUGGUUUCCUCCCACAGUCCAAAGACAUGCAGUUACUGGGGUUAGGUUCAUUGGUGAUACUAAAUUGCCCAUAUUUGUGAAUGGAUGUCUGUGUCUGUUAGCCGUGUGACAGGCUGGAGACCUCUACAGGGUGUACCCCGCCUCUCGCCCUAUGGCAGCUGGGAUAGGCUCCAGCCCCCUCACGACCCUGAACAGGAUAACCGGAAGAGAAUGGAUGGAUUUAAUUUCACCUCGUUCUUUGGUAUUUUAAUGUAAUAGGAAGUAUUAAAAAAAAUCCUGGUUUUGAAAAUUCUGGAAAUCUUGGUAGCAAAUAUACUCUUUCCUAUCUAUUAAAACAUUGUGUUGUUGCACAAAUAAAAAUCCAUCCAUCCAUUUUCUUCCACUUAUUCUUUUCAGGGUUGUGAGAGGGCUGGAGCAUAUUCCAGCUGUA